CCAUCCGCUCAUUGACCGAGCAGGCCCUCGAUCAGCGCCGUCCGAUCUUCAAUUCCCACCACCGAUUACACUUGAAAACCACACACCGCAGCGCGGUUUUUCCCAUAUAUUCCAAUCACUACUUUUUUACGCCAAUCCCGUAAUAAUGAGGACCUACGAGCUUUUCACUCUCUUCGCCGCCGGUGCGGCUGCCCAGAUGACGCACACCGUCACGGUGGGCGGUGUCAUGCCGCCACCUGAGCCCAGCGGCACCCCCACGCCCAUGCUGGUGUAUAACCCGGAGAACGUGCAGGCGGCUGUCGGCGACAUGGUCGAGUUCAAGUUCAUGGAGAUGAACCACACAGUGACGCAGUCGAGUUUUGACAACCCAUGCGUCAAGGCUGAGGAUGGCUUCGACUCUGGCUUCAUGCCGAACCCUGACGGCAAGGACGGCGUCACUUGGUCUGUCAUGGUUAACGACACUAAGCCAGUCUGGGCCUACUGCAAGAAGGGUCCUCACUGCGGACUGGGCAUGGUCUUUAGCAUCAACGCCGCCAUGGAGGGCGACAAGACCUUUGAGGCUUUCAAGGACCUGGCGAUGAAGAUCAACGGCACGGACAUGAUGACGGUCGCCACGCCUGACAUGCUUACACCCGCAGGAGCCGCUGCCACCCCGCAAAUGGCGAGUGUGGCCGCGGCAAGCGUGGCAGAGACGCCGGCGGCUGCGGCGAGCGCCAGCACCGUGCCGGGCAUGGGGUUUGCGGCUGAUGGCGGCGCGUGCGACUGCAGCUGCCUGUGUGGCGCCAACAGCUUCCCGGAAGGCGCGGCUAUGAACAACUAUGGCGGAGUUGCCGGUAAGUUUUUUUGAACGGGGUUCAAGAAGAGCGCUUGUUGAUGUUUCUUAGGUAUGAUGCCUGAUGCUGGCAUGAUGAUGAUGCCUCCUGCUGAGGCUCCUGCUGAGGCUCCUGCUGAUACUCCUGCUGGUACUAUUUCUUGGAUUCCUGCUGGUACUCCUCCUUGGACUCCUGCUGGUACUCCUGCUGCUACUCCUGCUGCUACUCCUGCUCCUUGGAUGUAAGAUGUUUGUUUCUGG